CGCGCAGUGCAGUGUCCGUGUGGAAAUGCCGAAGCCAAUGGGAUGAGGAUGCGAUAAUAGAUGCAAAUUAUCGUGAAAAGACACUGCAAAAUAUGAAACAACUCAUUUGCGGCGGAGUAAAUCACAGAAAACUGUUUAUGAACUGGCACCCCAUACUGGAAUUGUAAUGCAGGAACACUUCAGUGGAAGAGAUUUUAUGGAAUCGGCAUGAUUGUGGCUUGAACAUUUAAAGGGUGCUUAAAAUACAACAUAUAUCUAUAUUUUGGGAAUCACUGAGCGUGGCUUCAACCGAGAAACACUGUGCUUUUAUUACUCCAGAACGACCGAGUCUUAAAACACAAACAACAACAACAACAACAACAACAAAAAGAUGAGUUCCUAUUUUGUCAAUUCUCUCUUCUCAAAAUACAAAAGUGGGGAUUCUUUGCGUCCCAAUUAUUACGAAUGUACAGGGUUCGCACAAGAUCUGGGAGGUAGACCCACUGUAGUUUAUGGACCGGGUACCGGAGGAACUUUCCAACAUCCGACUCAGAUACAGGAGUUUUACCACCAUGGUGCAUCCACGCUCUCCACUGCCCCUUACCAACAGAAUCCUUGCGCCGUAACCUGUCACGGAGAACCCGGCAACUUCUAUGGGUACGAUGCGCUGCAAAGGCAAACUCUAUUCGGAACCCAAGACUCAGAUUUAGUCCAGUACAGCGACUGCAAGCUGACCGCGAACGGCAUCGGAGAGGAAGCAGAGAGCGCAGAGCAGAGUCCCUCUCCUACUCAACUCUUCCCGUGGAUGAGACCACAAGUAGCUGCCGGACGGAGGCGAGGCCGACAGACCUACAGCCGCUACCAGACACUGGAGCUGGAGAAAGAGUUUCUUUUCAACCCCUACCUGACCCGCAAGCGGCGGAUUGAGGUCUCGCACGCCCUGGGACUUACCGAGAGGCAGGUCAAAAUCUGGUUUCAGAACCGUCGAAUGAAAUGGAAAAAGGAGAACAACAAAGACAAAUUCCCCAGCAGCAAAUCGGAGCAGGAGGCGAUAGAGCAACAGAGGAAAGAAAAUGACCAAAACGAGGAGGCGCAGACGGCAGGAGAAGAAGACAGUGACAAAGCAAAACAAAUGUAGGACUACAAAUAUUGAAAUAAACACAGAGAAAGAGACUAAGAAUAACCAAUGCGGGCUUUCGUCUGAGAAACAUUGCAAUCCUCUACUGGCUGUUCCUGACUGGAAAUGGCGAGGACAAAUAAGAGGAGCAUCAUAAAUAUCAAUCGUAAUAAUAUGGUAUCAGAUGUAGGAUAUCAAUAAAUUAAAACUUACAAGAGGAAGUGAAGCGUUUCUACUUUUUACCUGAAGUUGUUGUAGUGUUAUGAAAUAGCCUCAUUUAUUUGUGGAACAAUUUAUGUGACGUUUUUAUUGUUAGGAUAUUAUCAAUAACAAUUACUUUGGCAGCUGUAUAGGUUUCUUAAGUUAAUUGGUGCACUUUUUGCUGUUCCUGUCCAUUGUUUUGAUGAAAUAACGUAACAAAUAACGUAGCAAAUGAAGAAUUCCAACAACAUGAAACUGCCUAUUUAUGCUGUAGGUGCUCUCUCUCUCUUUUUUUACGUUUGUCCUUAUUAGUCUGUUUCUGGUAUUGUGUUUUCCUUUCCUGGGUAAGCAUGCGCACAGUGCAAAAAUAAAAUAAAUAAAAAGGCUUCGUUUACUGUGAAACAGAAUGUGUACUGUACACGUGAAUUAGUUUAUGGGGAGGUGCUGAUAUACUUUAUUGUUCAUCGUCACUUUGUUCUAUUGUCUAACCCUGGAAACGGUAGAAGAGAAGGGGCUACAAUAAAGUUUACAGGCGAGAAUCCAUGACAUCAUUACUAUUCUCUUCUCCAUUUCCUCCAAGGUACAGACCACAGAGACUGUCGACUGUCAUUGCAGGGACAAUCCCAACCACAAGCUAGCCUGUAGGCCGGAACGGAACGUCGGUCCUAAGAUUUACACCUAAAACACAGAAUAGCUAUGGACCUCGGUAGCUGGAGUUUGAUUGCUUUUACUGUAUUUGUAAAACUUAUGUGCGACGUAUCACGAAUACGUGACUCCUGAACGGCGAAUUAGAAAUCAAACCAUAGGCUGAAUACAUGUUUUGAUGAGUUGAAUGUUGCGUGAAUACCCUCAACAUGUUGCGUGAAUGCCCUACACACUGAUAAGACACAUAUGGGACAUGAAAAUGUACACCUAUGAACUAGCUUUGUGAAUUAGACUUUAUCCAUCUAAAACGUAAUUGAAUCAGAGUAUGUCUGUAUUAAUAUUUUGUUCUAAAAGGAAAACAUUAUACUUGCGUGUUAGCUGAGUUGAUGUUAUGGUUCGGUUAGCUUCGUUUCCCUUUUUAGUAACCACAUCAUUAGCCUCGUU